AUGGAAGCUAUGACACCGGCUCUAUGGCACGAGCCAUACAGUCCCACCCCAGGGUACUCCUCCUCGAGUGGGUACGCAUCGCCGAUCGCAUCGACCGACUUCUCCGUGUUUGGCAACCCGUCCUAUCGAGCGCGCACGCCCUCGAACGCAUCCAUGAUGGACCCAUCGUGGGGAUACCCAUCACGAUCGCCGGCCUCGACCACCUCAACGAUGGCAUACCCAUGGGGUUCGAACGACAAGGGAUCAACAGCCCCUAACCUCGCCUACAUGAACGCAUGCUCCUUUCCCAUGACGAACAUGUCGAUACCGACAAGCAUGGAUGCGAUGACCGGGUACGGACACUUCGGUCCUAGAACACUGGUCCAGAGGGACGAAGAAGAGGGGGUGAUGCUCUUUGGAGAAGAACAAUAUGGUAUGGCUUCGAUCGCACACACCCAACCGUUUGAGCAAUAUCUUGACUAUUUCUGGAGGCUCUUUCAUCCCACUUUCCCCAUUGUCCAUCGACCUACCUCUCUGAACCCGUCACCGAUGCUGCGCGCGGCCAUGAUCGCUAUCGGCAGCCAGUACUCGGCCGAUUCGAGCGACAAGAAAAAGGGCCGAGACCUCCACGACCGAUGCUUGAAAUUGCUUGAAUGGAGGGAUCUCAAGGGUUCGACGGAGCCGGACCGGUUAUGUGAUUUCCAGGCGAUGUUUCUCAUUGAGGUGCUGUCUCAGUACCGCGCUCGUCGGGCAGCCAAGGUCUUGUCGUCACGCUUCGACAAGGUAUACCACAAGGCGGUUGAAGAUUGCAGGAGCACGACUUCGAAAGCCGCAGAGCUAUUAGCGGGCCUUCCUCAACUCGAGCAGGUCACACCGGAGCACUGGACCAGCUGGGUCGAGCUAGCUACCUGGCAACACUUGUUUUUGUCUUGUUACAUUCUUGAGUCGCAGCAGCCUAUUCUACUCGCCCGCGAAGCUCUGACUUCUCUCAUCCACGACAGCCGCUUCGACAUUCCCUUCCCAGCGCACGGUUCUCUCUGGGAUGCGACCAGUCCCAUCGAGUGGGCUGCAGCUGCCCAGCAGUACCCUUACACGCCAUCAUACGUCGACGAGGUUACUUCCACGUCCCUACCAAGGCCUCUCGAUACUUUCCAAUCAUCUGUCAUCCUUGCCGUGCACUACAGUCGCCACAAGACCUCGACACAAUACAUGUCCACAUCGACGACCUCAAGCCUCGAACAUCUGCUCGACGACGCACCUGCCACCAAGCGCAUGCUAUCCGUAGCAAAGCUAGUACAAGUAACCCCCAUCCGUGCCUUGCUAGCUGUCGCAUGCGAGUCAUGGAUCUUCUCCGAGAAAGUCGCUACCGCCCAAGCUUUCGCAGCGCUGAAGACCACGCUCCGCACAUGGAUCGCACAGCUAUGGUCCACGUCCUCGACGGAAGGCGCGCCCGUCAAAGAAGCACUCAAACUCUCCAUUGACAUCCUCCAACAAGCCGUCUCGGAACAAAGAGAUCGCAUCCUUCUAGAAAUGGGCACAGACAUGUCCGUCUUCUUCGCCGCCCUCGUUCUCUGGGCCAUCACCGUCGCAGCAACUACCCGCACGAAAGCCGCCCAUCAAAAGGCCAGACAGCAAAACCGGCGCCCAAGCAACUCCGAAUCACCACCGAUAUUCUCGCCUACGACAUGGGCCUCAGCACCACCAACCUCCUCUUCCACAUCCACCUCAACCAGCCAACCCCACUCCCCCAUCAUCAGCGCCACACCCGAAAACCCACUCCUCUCCCAUGCGCAAAUCAUCAUCAACACGAUUUCUUUCCUCACAGACACCCUCGCCAUGUCCGAUACCACGGCUUCCACACAGCAACAUCUUGCAGACCAUGCGCGCCGCCAGACAGGUUGUAUCAGCCUGCUACUGUGGGUUAAGCUUCGUCUUCGUGGUGUUUCGCUUGAAGAUCAGAGCGGUGCUGCGGCGGAUGCGUCGGGUGAGGGGCUGGGUGAGCUUUUGGAGGGGGUUGUGGGGUCUAUUGAGACGGUUUUGAAGAAGGGGUGGGGGGAUUGGGGGGUUUGA